CUUGGGCAGUACCAUUUAAAACUGAAAUAUCAGUUAAACAAAUAUUUUAACCGAAACUCGGCAACACAACAUGCCGAUUACGUACGUUAACACUGCUGUCACCGAGGUCAUCCGUCAAAAUAACCGAAAUUUCGGCUAUGCUAUUUGAGUUAGCCGAGGCUCGGUUUUCUAUAUGUCAUUCAUCAUUUUGUCGAUGCAGAAACCUUUCGGAGUGAUUUUGUGUUAUAAAAUUAAUAGUGUGAAAAAUAAAUGAAUAUAUGACACCCAGCGUGAAGAAACCGAUCAUCAGUAGCGUACGAUCGGACACGGGUGGGCUACGAAGCUCUGUCAACGCACGUAGCCAGUGCACAUAAGAUCGUCGCUCGAAGCAGUCCUUGUCCAAGGAUUACCGGAUGCUAGUCCGAUUGGACCAACCUUUGCCGGCCCGUUCGGACUUCCAGGUUUCAUUUCCAGUUACCUUCACGAGAACCGUGUCUGUACCGGUGUCCGCUCUAUGCCCGGCCUAUCUUCCUGCACCCUUACUACAUCCAAACGCUGUACACCAUCUGGUGUUGUACCGGCGCCCGUCCCUGCGCUUCCCAUCCCACCACAACUCUCACAAUUGGGGGGGAGGUGACUUCCUGCCGUCCAACUACAGAUACGAUGGUGGCAUCAUGCUGCAGAAAAUGUACAUCGGCAAUCAGCAUGGGCUCUGGCUGUUAUGGCUGUGGCUCAAUAAAUAAUUGUGUUUGUUUUUAUAACUCAAACUAACUUUUUACGCAAAUAAAACCACUAAAAUUAAAAAAAAGAUUGUUUUUAUAAUUAGCUGAAAUCUCGGAUUGCUCUAACCGAAAAUCUCGGUUAAACGUAAACGUCAAAACAAAAUGUCAAUUGCAUUUUUAACCGAGAUUUCGGCAACAGAAAUUUAACCGAGAUCUUUGCCGAGAUCUCAGUUGUGUAGAUCUCGGCAAAAAUUAACCGAGAUUCGGCAAAAUUUUUUAAGUGUGUACGUAUG